GGCAUCAUCCGACAUAUCCAACAGUCACCACUGCACCAUGAAAGUCAACGCCAAUCUCUUCGCCUGGACCAUCGUCCUGUUCGCCUGUAUGCCUAGGAGCAGUGAGGCUGUCACCUGCACUGCAGACCCCACUGUAACAGGAUGUGUUGACUGUGCCACCAGUCCCACGGAUGCCGAAUGCGUGGCAGAAGCAGCUGCGACCGCCACCACCACAUUGGCUCCCACGACGGUAGCUUCGGCGACUACAGAGGCAACGACACCCGCAGCGGCAUCGACUACGACGGAAUCCACUACGACGGCAUCCACAACGACGGCAUCCACUACGGCGGCAUCCACCACCAGCACGGGGGGCAGGCGCAAGAUCGUCAGGGUCAGCAAUCUUCGCUAUAGCGCAACACGUCGCAUCCGUGUCAACAGGAGUGGCACCACCGUUCGCACCACCAGCCGGAACACCAACCGCAACCGUAGACGCGUCAACGUGAGGAACAGGCGCCGCAACCGUAAUGUCCGUGUGAUUCAAGCGAUCGUGCUGACCGUUAUGUACUCGAUCUCCUUAACGUUCUUCCAGUACUUGGUGCAUUGCAUCCGAAUCACGCAGCAAAAACACUUCUACUGGGCUGUGCCCUCCUGCUCGUUUGCCUCGCAAGGCAAAGCGCUGCUACAUCCGAACCGACUGGUGAAACCACGACUCCGGCAGCAUCCUCCGCUGGUGUCUCCACCACUGUGGCACCUUCCGGAGAGUCCACAACUGCAGCUCCUGCAGGUGCUGCAACAACCGUUGCACCAGCCAGUGGCAACAGUCCUACCACCACUGUUGCUGCCAGUACCAGUACCAGUACCAGCACCACCGCCAGCACCACCAGCGACAGCAGCAGCGUCAGCAGCAGCAAGCAGCGGCAGCAGCAGAAGAAAUGCCGCCGCCAGAAGGAGGAGGGCUGCUGCACGGCGUCGUCGGCGCCAGAGGGCCGAGAGGAGGAGAGCAGCCAGGCGGCGUGCAGCCAGGCGGCGUGCAGCCAGGAGGAACAACAGGAGUGGUUAGGAGUGAGAUAGAUCUCCUCCUGGACUAUAGCGAGAUACAGAUUAAAUAAACCGUCAGAUUGCAUACAAUGCACUGUCUAUAUGGAUCAGAUAGAAUCAGGGAAAACA